AUGGCAGAUCAGGGAUGGCCACAGCCAAAUCAAGUACAACAAAUUGUCUUCCACGAGCAUAACUAUCUACAUGGCUAUCCAGACCUUCCUACUUAUCACUUCGUUUCAUCUACAAAAAAUUCGCAUGUGCUAGUCUUAAUAGCAGGAAGUAACAACACAUUUCCACACAACGUCAGUCUUCCUCAGGAUGCAAAUAAUCCAUGGCUGGGCAUUGGUUAUUAUAAAUCUUUGAGUCCUUUAUUGCAUGAACGGAUGAUCAGCAUUCCAACACUGCAUUCUUUUGCUGUGUACGCCUUGGUUGGUGCCACAUGGAAUCAGCUUGGCGAAUUGAUUAGUGGCCAAUGGAUCCUUCAGCAUGGCCAAGACACAUUGAUUCUUGACGCCAAUAGAAACCCGCAAAGUUUUAAGGUCGAAAUUAACGACCAAAAAAUCUUUGUUAAUCGCGCGGAUGGCAUGUUAACAAUGAAAGUUAACAAAAUUCACCCCAAUGCACCUGGACCCGGUGACACUAAGCAGCAUCCUUUUAAUAUUAGGCUCAAUAAUAACUAA